GUAUAAACGUAAUAUUAUCCCCAUGAUAGGGCUUGUGUAUGUUACAAUAUUGACUGUUGGUAUAUUUUAUCAAGGGGACUUCUGUUCUUUUAAUUCUGAAUUUAAUAAGAGAUGCUCAAGAAAAUUAUAUCAUGAAGCAAGUUCAUCGGAACCCGAUCAAGUAGAAGAACAUGGCAAAUUGCAUAAAGUGAUUGAUGUGGUUAAUAAUGAAGAAGGAUCUUCAUUAAAUAGGAUAACAAAAGAAGAAUCAGAGAAUAGUCAUAAUGAUAUUUUUAAGAAUUAUAAAACUUUAUUUAAUAAUGUGAGACAAUAUGAAGAAAAUAAUUUUUCUGAUAAAAGUGGUUCUAUGGUUUUCAAUGAAAAAGAUAAUCAAUUAGAUAAAAGAAUUGAAUUAUUAAACAGUGAUAAUGAUAAUAUAAAGGAAAAUAUGUUAAAUAUAUGGAUAGAAGUUAUUAGAAAUGAAAGAAGGAAAUAUGAGAAUCUAAAGGUUGCUAUAUAUAGAUUUUAUAAUGAUUUAAAAAGUGUUCAUAAAGUACCUAAGUCAUUUGCUGAAGGGAAAUGGCAAGAAUGUAAUGAAAUAAUUUUAAUAGGAGGACAAAAUAUGGAAACUUAUAUGGAUAAUAUUUUUUAUGAUUGGAUUGAUAAUAAUAAUUUAAAUAUUAACGAAUUUAAAUUGAUAGUUGAUGCAAAUAGAUUUGCAUGGAAAAAACUAAAUGAGAGUGUAAAAAAUUCAUGCGAAGGUAUAUUAAAUAAAACAUUUGAAGCUAAAUUAAAAGGAAAAGAAUUACGUAGUAAAUUUAUUGUUGAUAUGUAUAAACAAGUAUUUGAUAAUGCUAUUAAAAGAUGUGUAUUAAAAAAUAAAGGAUUGAAUCGAAAAAUGAAUGGUUCAAAUUAUGUAGAUAACAUAAGGAAUGCACCGUUUAUAGAUAUAGAUGCAUCUGAUGAUUUACAUGAAGAAAUAGAAAGUCAUAAUUUUAAAGGAAAUGAUAAAUAUGAUGAAGAUGAAGAAGAAGAUGAAGAAGAUGAAGAAGAUGAAGAAGAAGAUGAAGAAGAAGAAGAAGGAAUAGAAGAGCAUGAUAUCAAUUAUAAAGAUAGUAUAGAUGAUUUAGAAUAUGAACAAGAAGAAUAUAAUGAUAAAAAUGAAAAACAAACGAACCCUAUAUAUCAUAAAUUUGGUUUGGGAAAACCUGAAAACUACUUAAACUAUUUAGAAAUGAAUUUAUUAAACUUGAAGAAGAUUUUUGACGAUUUAGAUAUAAAUUUUAGUGAUAUAAAGAUGGAUUUCUCAGAUAUAGAUAAUAAAAUAUCAGAUGUAGAUAUAAAUUUUGAUGAUUUAAAUGUGGAUCUGACAGAUUUAGAAAAUGAUUUUUCAGAAUUACCAAUUGAUUUUAAUGACUUACCUAUCAAUUUUAAUGACUUGUCAAUUAAUUUUAAUAACUUACCUAUCGAAUUUAAUGACAUACCUAUUGAUUUUAAGGACAUAUCUAUUGAUUUUAAUUACUUACCAGUUGAUUUUACAAACUUAAAUAUAGACUAUAGUGGAUUAGAAGUAGAUUAUAUUAAUCCAGGUGCAAAUAUGAGUAAGGAAACUGUACAACAUGAAGAACCAAAUAUUAAUGAUUCAAUUAAUGAUUUAUUUAUUGAUUCAUAUAAUGAUUUAUCUUAUAGUGAUACAGAUUAUGAAGGAACAGAACAUGAAGCUGAUUUAUCCGAGCAGGAAUCUAUUAUAUGA